AUGUUGCCCUUAGUACAGACGCACCCUCGCGUGGUGCCAAUCAGUUUCGACGCCUUUGGACCAUCCACGGGCCACGGCGCCAGGCCCGAGUCUGAGAGACGAGCCAUCGCGUCGCCCUACUACCGCUCCUCGCAGCCAUACCAUGGCUCAGCCACUUCUUCCGCCCAGGGCUCGCGAGACUACGACUAUCACCUGCGCCGCAAGACUCCUCGGGGCACCAUCGAUGCGGGAUACGAUGGAUCGCCGACGCAGCUGUCGCCUGGCCCGCCGCCACUCAAGCAAGUGAUCCUUCCGACGCCCUCAGGCAUAUACCCGUAUCUGCCUCCGAAUAACUUGCCCUUCCACGCCAAGUCCCGUCUCUUGGAGCAUGAUCAGGGAAGUCUGGGGCAGGCUCCUCUGACUUCGCCGUGGACUUUUAGCAAUGAGAGGCCCAACUUUGUUCUUUCUAGCGGCUCCUCAAUGCCCCUCCAGCCUGGCCUCUCCUGGCAGCCAAAUGGAUAUCCCAUGUUCAACCAGAUUCCAGAUGUCUAUCAACCGCUCAUGAGGGCGGCAGAGUACAAUGUGCGCGCCUUCUGUCCGCCCCCGGGCUCGACGACUGAUACCGCGACGUUUGGCCAGUUUGGUUGGCAGCUAGGGGCCUCGCAGCGAAGCUAUGGCUAUCUCGAUAUGUCUCGGCACUUUGAUCAAAUGAGUUUACCACCCGGCCUCCCUGGGAGCUUUUUGCACCACGGUUCAGAUGCUCAACUGCCUUACAGACCGACAACGGACUUGAACGUCAACUUCAACAUUCCACAGCCCCCACAACCAAUGCUCCAAGGGAGUUACCUGGGCCAGAGCGCAGUCGUAGAGAACCCCCCCACCAGCGAACAAUAUGCUGUUCAGUCGAGUUUCACGGAAAAGGCCUAUUCACAGGCUCAGGAACAUUAUGUUGAACUGCUGGCCUACCUGCAAACUGCCAAGAGAUUUGAUCAGAUGAGCGGUGGCGGCAGUUCCAAUUCAAGGUUUAAGAUCCUGGUAUUUCCAAGACCCCCAAAGGCCAGAAGAGAGCAUCUUGGCACCAUGCGGGAUGUGUAUCGUAGUGUUGAGCGACCUGUUCCAUCGAAGCUCGUGCCGAACAGCCACCCCCGGGCCCUUACAUCCAACAUUGAGGAUACCUUGAGCAAUAACACAAGACCGCAGGUCGUGCAAGAUGCCCAUGUGGAAGGUCGCCGGUCCAGCAGGUCGGCAUCGCGGUUCCACGUUUCGCCUGCUGCGUAUACCUCGUCAUCAUCAUUCGGGACACUCGGUCCUGCUGCCAUGGCGAAAGCGCUGCCCAUUCUGAAUGCAAAAACUUCGUUGGAUAUUUUGAAAAAUCUGUGUGAACAAAGUAAUUGGAAAUGGAUUGACGGAAUUUUACUCGGUGGGUGUCUUUUAUAUGGCCUCUCACGGUUCGAAGAUGCCGCGGAAUGGUUCUCCAGAGUUCUUGCUCUAGAUUCAAGCCAUGUUGAGGCUAUCACAAACAUAGCCGCAACACUCUAUUGCCUUAACCGACAAGAGGAAGCUGAGCGGCAUUGGCUAAACGCUAUUAAGCUAUGCCCUGCUCACUUAGAAGCUACGGAACAGCUCGUUGGAUUGCUGUACAAAAAACGUAGCCGAGAGGCCAUCGACAUCAUCUGCUUUGUGCAACAAGCGUUGAAAUUACCAAAGGGAAAUUCAACUCGGUCUACCUACCCCCCACUCGGUGUUCGCUCCGUGCCAUCUGAUGAACAUUCUCUCGGUCAACAAUCAACUGCUGCGCAAUAUGGUUUCCAGCCCGAAACUACCCUAACCGUGGGAGGCUCUGAAUUCGGGUCUAGCGGGUACGCGCUCCCUAAUAGCGAGAAUGGAAGGAUUCUAGCCUUGGUUCAUGCCAAAGGCACAAUACUAUAUGGCUUGAAGGACAUUGAAAGAGCUUCAGAGGCAUUUGAAGAAGCCGUCCUGAUCAGUGUCGGGGAGCGCAUACUGAGCGUUCAGGAGCUGGUAAACCGGAUCCAUGCUGUACUGUCACCACCGGCUGGCAAUGAUCAAAGACCAGUUUCUCGACGACCCCUUUUGCUUCCGCCGGAAAAGGCUCGCCAAACUGCUCAUCUCGUGUUUGCUGCGGGCGGUGGAGGCAGCGAACUGCCUGGGCUAGCAUUCGUUCCUGAAGGUGCCGCCAGGCGAGUCGCUGUGCAGACAACGAGCAAUGCUCUCCUCUCUCUGGCCAAGAUAUUUCAGGAUGCCAUGUCUGGAGGGAGCAUUGUUCCCAGCCUGCUCAGACAACCCUCAGGGAUCGGCGACAUCCUGGCGUUGUAUUAUCUAUCUCUUUCUCUCCAAGAAAGCCCCUCUACCGCGAACAAUAUCGGGAUCCUCCUUGCAGGUGUGCCGCAGCAAAUGGCUCACAACAAUACUAGUACACCAACAACAGCCACCUCCCGGCCUAGCUUGCCUGGCGUCGUGCCGGGCAGUGGUCUUGCCCUCGCUUUGGCGUAUUACAACUACGGACUUCGUCUUGAUCCAAGACAUGUUCACCUGCACACCAAUCUGGGUAGCCUCCUGAAAGAUGUUGGACAGUUGGACCUCGCAAUCCAGAUGUACGAGCGAGCGGUUUCAUGCGAUAGAACGUUUGAUAUCGCCUUGACCAACCUAGCCAAUGCUGUGAAAGACAAGGGUCGCAUAAAGGACGCCAUUGCUUACUACAGACGAGCGGUGGAAGCCAAUCCAGGAUUCGCCGAAGCCGUCUGCGGACUCUUAACAGCCCUCAACUCUGUAUGCGAUUGGCGUGGAAGAGGUGGAGCGCUUCUCGAAUUGGGCAAAUAUGACCGAUGGCACGUCGAUGACAAAGGCACCCUGGUUGAUGUGCAGGCGGCUAUGCAUGGGAGCGGCCUCACACAAAGAGUGAUCAGUAUCAUAAAUCACCAGCUAGGCGAUGCAUCGCAUUGGGGCCGCAACAUACUACAACACCCGACUAUCCAUGCGUUGGCGCAACAGCUGGGUGACUUCUGCCGUACUCCUGGAUUCAGCUUGGAGUUGGCAAUAAGUGCUUGGGCUGGUGAACCAUGGGAAGGCUCGCGCCUGGUACGCCUCGUGGAACGGGCUGCAAGAGUCAUUCUAUGGAAUUGGUAUCAUGACAAGUACGUUGCCAAGAGGGAGGUUACCCCUUCACGCUAUCUCCGACCUCAGUUGCCUUCCUCUCUCACCAUUCCAUCUGCGCCAACUGUACUUCCUUUCCACACUUUCACGUAUCCUCUAUCUGCCAGGGAUAUUCGAUCGAUCUCUCAGCGCAACGCAAUGCGAAUAUCAUGCACGACUCUUCGAGCCCCUUGGCUGUCAGCUACUGUGUAUCCACCACCACCUCCGCCAAAUCCACAUCUGAAUGUUGGAUAUGUGUCGUCAGACUUUAAUAACCAUCCGCUGGCUCAUCUAAUGCAAUCAGUGUUUGGAUUUCACAAUCCUCGGCGUGCUCGGGCUUUCUGCUAUGCCACCACCCCCAGUGACAGAUCUGUCCAUCGACAGCAAAUUGAAAGAGAGGCGCCUGUUUUUCGUGAUGUCAGUUCUUGGCCAGCGGAUAAGCUUAUCGAACAGAUCAUUCGCGAUGAGAUCCACAUCUUGGUGAAUCUCAAUGGCUAUACGAGGGGUGCUCGCAAUGAAAUAUUUGCUGCCCGCCCGGCCCCAAUCCAAAUGUCUUUUAUGGGAUUCGCGGGAACGCUUGGUGCCGAGUGGUGCGAUUACAUACUCGCAGACACAACUGCUAUCCCGCCGAGCACUUUGCGCCCCUGGAGGAUGAAUACCAGCAUCGAUGACGUAUUUCGCGACCGGACUGAGGGCGAUGAACUCCAGUGGAUGUACUCGGAGAACAUCAUUUUCUGCCGAGACACCUUUUUCUGCUGCGACCAUGCACAGUCGUGUGAUACUGUUGAACGGGGCAUGACCUGGGAGGACGAAGAGAAACGACGGUGGAAGAUGCGUAAGGAGCUGUUCCCGACAAUAGCAGACGAUAUUGAUCCUACUACUUUCCGGUCUUGGUUACGGAUCUUGGCCCGGACUCCCAAGGCUGUUCUCUGGCUGCUACGGUUCCCUGAACUAGGAGAGACCAACCUGCGGCAAACGGCUGAAACCUGGGCCGGGGCAGAAGUUGCUAGUCGGCUCAUCUUUACUGAUGUAGCACCAAAGAAUCAGCAUAUAACUAGGGCUAGAGUGUGCGACAUGUUUCUCGAUACUGCAGAAUGCAACGCUCAUACCACUGCCGCCGAUGUCUUGUGGUCAAGCACACCCCUUCUAACCUUGCCUCGAUACUCGUACAAGAUGUGUUCCCGAAUGGCGGCAUCCAUCUUGCGAGGAGCACUCCCCAAGACAGCAGAGGGCCGACAAGCAGCACUGGAAUUGAUUGCAGAUAGCGAAACGGAAUAUGAAGAUUCGGCCACAGAGUUGGCCGGAGGGUUAACCUAUGAGAUAACAGAGGAAGGAUAUGGCCGGGGCAAGGGGCGUCUGGCAGAAUUACGGAAACUGCUGUGGGACAGCAAAUGGAAAUGCGGACUCUUCAACACUCGCCGGUGGGUAAACGACUUGGAAAUGGCUUACGAGGAGGCAUGGCGGCGGUGGGUCGCGGGUAAGAGCGGCGACAUAUAUCUAUGA